GCAGUGAACUAUCAUCACCCAGAGCAGAACUUUCCCAGAGCGUUCGCUCUUUGCGUAAUAAAAAUUCAAAACAACAACAAAGCACACGCAUCAAUUCUCCAUGCUAUCCGGGGCGCUUUGCAGGCGGUGGUUCGGCUUGAUUAGCAAACCAAAUUUACGAGUGAUAUCAAUGGCAUCGAACGAAAAUCCCAUUGAGCAGGUUAUUCGUGCCGGGUUGACGAAAGAACUUGCGCCCGUACAUUUGGACAUCGUCAACGAAUCGUACAUGCACAAUGUGCCCAAGGGUUCCGAAACGCACUUCAAAGUUCUAGUUGUUUCGCAACAGUUCGAGGGCCUUCCACUCAUUAAGCGCCAUCGUUUGGUGAACGAUAUUGUGAAGACACAGCUUGCGGGAGAUUUCGUUCACGCGCUAUCGAUAGUGGCCAAAACACCCCAGCAAUGGAACGAAGCUUACAAACUCGAACCUAGUCCUAAUUGUAAGGGGGGCUUCGGGAAAUAAAGCAACAAAAUGAGACACUAGAACAAACCACCAUUAGAAUUAGAGUGCAGUGUUACAAACGCGUUGUUUGUAGCAUUUGAAUAUUUAUUCCGGACCGUCUGAAUCACCUCGACUACACGCUGUACGUAUCGAGUCGAAGCUUGCCAUCGUUUUCGGUGAAAUACAUCAUAUCGGCCAUCGUUUGCUCGCA